GGCCCUAGCAGCCCCCAUCUCGCAGCUUCCCGCGGCUCCGGCCAGCAGACCAGCCAUGUCUCUCAGCGGAGCCUCUGAGCGCAGCGUCCCGGCCACCAAGAUUGAAAUUACCGUGUCCUGCCGGAACCUGCUGGACCUCGACACCUUCUCCAAGUCCGACCCCAUGGUGGUGCUUUACACGCAGAGCCGGGCCAGCCAGGAAUGGCGGGAGUUUGGACGGACCGAGGUGAUCGACAACACGCUGAACCCAGACUUCCUGCGCAAAUUCGUCCUCGACUAUUUCUUUGAGGAAAAGCAAAACCUGCGCUUCGAUGUGUACAACGUCGACUCUAAAACCAACGUCUCCAAGCCGGAUUUCCUGGGACAAGCUUUCCUGGCCUUGGGAGAGGUGAUCGGAGGCCAGGGCAGCCGUGUAGAGCGAGCCCUCACGGGUGUACCAGGCAAGAAGUGUGGGACCAUAUUGCUGACCGCAGAGGAACUUAGCAAUUGUCGGGAUAUUGCCACCAUGCAGCUGUGUGCAAACAAGCUGGACAAGAAGGACUUCUUUGGGAAAUCAGACCCUUUCCUUGUGUUCUACAGGAGCAAUGAAGAUGGCACGUUCACCAUCUGCCACAAGACAGAAGUCGUGAAAAACACGCUGAAUCCUGUGUGGCAGCCCUUCAGCAUCCCUGUGCGGGCAUUGUGCAAUGGAGAUUAUGACAGAACGGUGAAGAUUGAUGUGUAUGACUGGGACCGGGACGGAAGCCACGACUUCAUCGGUGAGUUCACCACCAGCUACAGAGAGCUGAGCAAGGCCCAGAACCAGUUCACCGUGUAUGAGGUACUUAACCCCCGGAAGAAAUGUAAGAAGAAGAAAUACGUCAACUCGGGAACUGUGACACUGCUCUCCUUCUCUGUGGACUCUGAAUUCACUUUUGUCGAUUAUAUCAAGGGGGGGACACAGCUGAACUUCACAGUAGCCAUUGACUUCACAGCUUCCAAUGGGAACCCCCUGCAGCCCACCUCCCUGCACUACAUGAGUCCCUAUCAGCUCAGUGCCUACGCCAUGGCCCUCAAGGCAGUGGGAGAAAUCAUCCAGGACUAUGACAGUGACAAGCUCUUCCCAGCCUACGGCUUUGGGGCCAAGCUGCCUCCAGAGGGACGGAUCUCCCACCAGUUCCCCCUGAACAACAAUGAUGAGGACCCCAACUGUGCAGGCAUCGAGGGCGUGCUAGAGAGCUACUCCCAGAGCCUGCGCACAGUGCAGCUCUACGGGCCCACCUGCUUCGCACCUGUCAUCAACCAGGUGGCCAGGGCUGCAGCCAAGAUCUCUGAUGGUUCCCAGUACUACGUUCUGCUCAUCAUCACCGAUGGGGUCAUCUCUGACAUGACACAGACCAAGGAAGCCAUUGUCAGUGCCUCCUCACUGCCCAUGUCUAUCAUUAUUGUCGGUGUGGGACCAGCCAUGUUUGAGGCGAUGGAAGAGUUGGAUGGUGAUGAUGUGCGCGUGUCCUCUAGGGGACGCUAUGCUGAGCGGGACAUCGUUCAGGGAACAGUCUGUAAAGUCAUGGAAGUGUAUGAAAUCACCCAGGAAGAGAACUGAGAGAAGGGACCAGGUUUAGAAAUCAGGUAGACCCAGGGGAAUAGGGGGAGGAAAAAAAGUGUCCAGAAGAAUGUAGUGUGUCCAGAGUGGGAUGUGUCCAGAAGAUUAUGGUCCAAUGUAAUGGAAAGCUAGAGGAGUCAGCAAGAUGAGGACUCACAGUCAUUGCCCUCUGGACUGAUUUGGGAACGUGGUGCUGUUGAUAUUGUUAGCAAGAGCAGUUCCAGCAGACUGCCUGAAGCCAAACUUGAGUGGGUUGAGGGUGAACAAAAGGUGAAAAAAAAAAGUGGAUAGGGAGAAAGCAAAUGUAAAAGGCUCCUCAAGAGAGGGGGUGAGAAAUAGUGUGAUAUUUGAAAAGAGAUGCUAGGGGUCAAAGAGGAAUCCUCCCCACUGCACCCUUCCCCACUCCCCUCUCUCCUGGCCACCACCCACAUAUGAUUGUCUGUGCUUGUCCCAGUUCGUUCCAUUCCGAGACUAUGUUGACCGUUCGGGGAACCAGGUGCUGAGCAUGGCCAGACUAGCCAAGGACGUGCUGGCUGAGAU